AUGGAAAAGUCAUGGGUUUGGUUACCUAGGAAUAGCAGUGAGUAUGCUGAAGGGGCAAAUAAUGAUGAUGGUCAUAGUUCUGGAUUAGAUGCUUAUGCGUUGUUUAGGUCAGCUUUCAGUGAUGAUGGGGAUAAAGAUUCUGAGUUUUGUAAGAAGUUGAAUGAAGCUGAAACACCAAUGUAUUCGACAUGUCACAAUUACACCAAAGUCUCUGCAAUUAUGGGCCUCUACCGCAUUAAGGUGAAGAGUGGGAUGUCAGAAAACUUCUUUGACCAGCUUCUGAUGAUGGUCCACGACAUGCUGCCUGAUGACAACGUACAUCCAAAGUCAACAAAUGAGUUGAAAAGGUUCUUGAAGGUAUUUGGAUUUGGCUAUGAUGUCAUACACGCAAGCAAAAAAGAUUGCAUUCUUUAUAGGAAGCAAUAUGAAAAGAUGGAAACCUGUACAAGAUGUAGUUCUUCAAGAUGGGAAAUCGAUAAACAGAUUGAUACUGUGAAGGAUGGAAUACCUGCCAAGGUCCUUCGAUAUUUUCCAAUCAAGGAAAGAUUUCAAAGGAUGUUUAGAUCAAGAAGGAUCGCUGAGGAGUUGUGUUGGCAUUUCAACAAUGCAUCAGAGGAUGGUACAAUACGACACCCGGUGGACUCGAUAACUUGGGCUCAGGUCAAUGGCAACUGUACAUGGCCAGUGUUCUUAGUGAAUUAUAAUAUGUCUCCAGUGAUGUGUAUGAAGGCUAAGAAUAUUAUGUUGACGAUGCUAAUCCCUGGGCCAACUGCACCAAGCAAUAAUAUUGAUGUUUAUCUACAACCAUUAGUAGAUGAAUUGAAGGACUUGUGGGAAGAAGGUAUUGAAGUGUACGAUGCAUAUUUGAAAGAGAAGUUCACACUUAAAGCUAUCUUGUUGUGGAGUAUCAGUGAUUAUCCAGCUUCAGGGACUUUGUCUGGAUGUAAAGUGAAGGGGAAACAAGCUUGUAAUGUUUGUGGGAAGGAUACACCACAUAGAUGGCUGAAGUUUAAUAGGAAGCAUGUGUAUUUGGGAAAUAGGAAACAGUUUAGUACUGGACAUCCUUACAGGCGUAGGAAAGGAUGGUUUGAUAACAUAGUUGAGAAGGAGACUGCAAGAAGAAUUCAAACCGGAUCAGAAAUAUUUGAGGCGAUUAAGAAUUUCAAGAAUGACUUCGGGAAACCAUUAAGUAGGGAUAGUAAAAGAAAACAAGCUGAGUUAUGUGAAGAUGAUGAUUUGCCGGUUCGCCAUAACAUCGAUGUUAUGCAUGUUGAAAAGAACUUGUCAGACGCUAUACUGUCUAUUAUGAUGAAUAGUGCUAAAUCAAAAGAUGGAGUGAAGGCAACGAAAGACCUGGAAGAGAUGGGGAUUAGAAGAAACUUGCACACACAAACCAAGGGAAAGGAAAUUUACCUGCCACCAGCAGGUUAUUGGUUCUCUAAGGAUGAAAAGAUCCGAUUUUGCAAGAGGUUAGCCAAAUUUAGAGGCCCUGAUGGGUACUGUGCAAAUAUUGCAAAUUGUGUUUCUCUGGAUCCUCUGGUUAUUCGUGGUUUGAAGUCGAAUGAACAUCACGUCCUUAUGCAAAAAUUAUUGCCUAUUGCAUUGAGAGGAUUGCUGCCAAAAGGACCUAGAGUUGCUAUUACUCGUUUAUGCAACUAUUUCAACCGGUUAUGCCAGCGUGUGAUUGAUCCAGAAAAGCUUAUUACUCUUGAGUCUGAGUUUGUAGAAACAAUGUGUCAAAUGGAGCGGUUUUUCGCUCCUUCACUAUUCUAUAUCAUGUUCCACCUUCCUCUACACCUAGGAAGGGAAGCACGGUACAUGAAAACACUGAAGACAUAUGUAAGGAAUUUUGCUAGGCCAGAAGUGUGUAUGACAAAGGCAUAUUUGGCUGAAGAAUGUCUUGCCUUUUGUUUAGAGUUUCUUAAGAGCACUCUACCAAUACAAGAAGCCAUCAACCGUAAUGAAUAUGUUAAAAGUGAUGAACAUAUCCUCGAAGACUGCCUUUUGAAGAAUUGUAAGCUACUAAUUUACGAUGUGCAAGAGAUGAGACUUAUUGUUGGAAACCUCAUACGGACCGGUUUGCAAGUGGAUAAAAGCAAAGAGGGUCAUUCAACCAAGCUUAGAUGGUUAGCAUUUGUUCCACGACAUACGGCUCAAAGCUACAAGGGAUAUGUCAUUAACGCCCAUCGAUUUCAUAGAGACGACGUAAAGCGAAUAACUCAGAACAGUGGAGUGACAUACGAAGCUUUCAAUAUGUGUAGAUCUAGUGCUCGAGAUAGUAGACAAAUGGCUGACAUGGUUGUAUACUACAGAGUGGUAAAGGAGAUCAUUAUCCUUGACUAUCACAUGUUCCAAGUUCCACUAUUUAAGUGCAGUUGGGCAAACAGAGGGUAUGGUGUAAAGGAAGAAGACAACUUCACUCUUGUGAACCUCUAUAUGAACCAGUCAUCUUUUCUACAAGAUCCAUACAUUAUGCCAUCACAAGCAAAGCAAGUUUUUUACUCUAGAGAAGAUGAUUCUUCAUCUUGGUAUGUUGUUAUGCGGGCGCCACCUAGAGGUUUAUCAUGA